CCGGCCCCUCCCCCUGCCGCCUGGAGGACUCCGCGCAGCGCGGAGCAGGAGCUGCGCCGAGCCCAGCGAGGAAAGAGCGCCGCGCAGCCCCGCCGCAGCUUGGCCCGGGGCUUGCAGGGACCUAGCCGGAGCUGACCUGUGGCAGACCAUCAGGUGGGGAAAAUGAAGCUCAGAACCAGCAAGCAUAGUACUUAGGAGGUGUAGCCCUAAGGUACUAGUACUCCGCUAACAAAAGUCAGGAGAUUUGAACUCAUGACUGCUCUCAGGCCAAUUUCACACCUUGUUCUCCAUCCAUGCUGCCUCUGGAACUAAAGAGGGUGACCUUCAACCGCAAAGCUGCUGUCCACGUGGACUGGGGCCGAGAUCGUGCGUCCAUCCGCCAGGACCCCCACAUCCAAACUCCGAGACAUGGCGACCAAUGGCAGCAAGGUGGCCGACGGGCAGAUCUCCACAGAAGUCAGUGAGGCCCCCUUGGCCAACGACAAGCCCAAAACCCUGGUGGUCAAGGUGCAGAAGAAGGCCGGGGACCUUCCCGAUCGAGAUACAUGGAAGGGCCGCUUCGACUUCCUCAUGUCCUGUGUGGGCUACGCCAUUGGCCUGGGCAAUGUCUGGAGGUUCCCCUACCUCUGUGGGAAGAAUGGCGGGGGGGCCUUCCUGAUCCCCUACUUCCUGACACUCAUCUUUGCGGGGGUUCCGCUCUUCCUGCUGGAGUGCUCCCUGGGCCAGUACACGUCCAUCGGGGGCUUGGGUGUGUGGAAGCUGGCCCCCAUGUUCAAGGGUGUGGGUCUGGCCGCAGCGGUGCUGUCCUUUUGGCUGAAUAUCUACUACAUCGUCAUCAUCUCCUGGGCCAUCUACUACCUGUACAACUCCUUCACCACGACACUACCAUGGAAACAGUGCGACAAUUCCUGGAACACAGAGCACUGCUUCUCCAACUACAGCAUCGUCAACACCACCAACAUGACCAGCGCCGUGGUGGAGUUCUGGGAGCGCAACAUGCAUCAGAUGACAGAUGGGCUGGACAAGCCGGGUCAGAUCCGCUGGCCGCUGGCCAUCACCCUAGCCAUUGCGUGGAUCCUGGUGUACUUCUGCAUCUGGAAGGGUGUGGGCUGGACUGGGAAGGUGGUCUACUUCUCCGCCACCUAUCCCUACAUCAUGCUCAUCAUCCUGUUCUUCCGCGGAGUGACGCUGCCCGGGGCCAAGGAGGGCAUCCUCUUCUACAUCACGCCCAACUUCCGCAAGCUGUCUGACUCCGAGGUGUGGCUGGAUGCGGCUACCCAGAUCUUCUUCUCCUACGGGCUGGGCCUGGGGUCCCUGAUCGCUCUCGGGAGCUACAACUCUUUCCAUAACAACGUCUACAGGGACUCCAUCAUCGUCUGCUGCAUCAACUCUUGCACCAGCAUGUUCGCAGGCUUCGUCAUCUUCUCCAUUGUGGGCUUCAUGGCUCAUGUCACCAAGAGGUCCAUUGCCGACGUGGCAGCCUCAGGCCCCGGGCUGGCAUUCCUGGCAUACCCAGAGGCCGUGACGCAGUUGCCCAUCUCCCCGCUCUGGGCCAUCCUCUUCUUCUCCAUGCUCCUGAUGCUGGGCAUCGACAGCCAGUUCUGCACUGUGGAAGGCUUCAUCACUGCGCUCGUGGAUGAGUACCCCAGGCUCCUCCGCAACCGCAGGGAACUCUUCAUCGCCGCCGUCUGCAUUGUGUCCUACCUGAUUGGCCUCUCCAACAUCACGCAGGGGGGCAUUUAUGUCUUCAAACUCUUUGACUACUACUCUGCCAGCGGCAUGAGCCUGCUGUUCCUCGUGUUCUUUGAGUGUGUCUCCAUUUCCUGGUUUUACGGUGUCAACCGAUUCUAUGACAACAUCCAAGAGAUGGUUGGCUCCAGGCCCUGCAUCUGGUGGAAGCUCUGCUGGUCCUUCUUCACCCCAAUCAUUGUGGCGGGUGUGUUCAUUUUCAGUGCUGUGCAGAUGACGCCCCUCACCAUGGGCAGCUACGUCUUCCCCAAGUGGGGCCAGGGUGUAGGCUGGCUCAUGGCUCUGUCCUCCAUGGUCCUCAUCCCUGGGUACAUGGCCUACAUGUUCCUUACCCUGAAGGGCUCCCUGAAGCAGCGCAUCCAGGUCAUGACCCAGCCCAGCGAGGACAUUGUCCGCCCAGAGAAUGGCCCAGAGCAGCCCCAGGCCAGCGGCUCAGCCAGCAAGGAGGCCUACAUCUAGGGCUGGGCGCUUGCAACCCGAUGCUGUCACCCCCACCUGGCUGAGCCCCAGUGACCGCCACUUGAUGACUGGACAUCUUCCAUCUGCACCUACCUCAAGUGGCGCGUCCUGACACCAUCAGCUCUCAGAGGGGCGAGGGGGACAGCUGGACCUGAGCAGCCCCCACCACAGACAGCGGCACCCAGCAGCUGCCAGUGCCUGGGGCUGGUGACCUUUUUUGUGGGGCCCCUAAGCACCAAGCAGCCGACUAGCAUUUGUGGCAGCCAUGGUAGCCCGUUUUUAGCCUGCCAGCGAGAGUGGCCGGGAGAGGCCACACACGCUCCUGGCUUUUAGUCGUUUUCCUGACUGUUCUCUUACUGCCAGACCCUGACUGUUACAUGGGACUCUGCAGGAAGCCGGUUCUGCCAAAUGCUGCUUGGGACCCACAACAUGGGCAUUUUGUUCAACGGGACCACAGGGGCUUCAAGCUAAGGGGCAGGAGCCAGUGGAGCUCUGACUCCUCAGUUGUGGGCUUCUCCCUCCCGAGGCAGCUGACACAAUACCCGAGACCUCAGGUGGUGUCCCCUCCCCUUGUCCCCAAGCAGAUGGGUCCCUGGGCAGCUCCAGACUGUCGAUUUUGGAUUGGACCUCGCCCACGUGCCCCUGCCAGAAGGGCUCUGCGUGCUGGAAAAGUGCUCCAUGCACAGCUGAUUUCUCUUGGUGGCCACUGAGGGCGACAUCCCCAGCAGGGGCGCUUGUUCACUGCCCACCUUUACAGAGCACAAAACCCUGCGGAGAGAAUGAGGGGAAGGGGCUGUCCCAAUCCAGGCAGACCCAGCUGUCCCUCAGGCUCCCUCUUACACUGUCACUCGCACUGCCACCCUGUUUUCAGCUGCUUCCUCCUCUCCUUUCCUCAGUCCUCCUCAGCAGACGCUGCCACAACCCACCCAGCCCACAAACUGAGGCGCCUGUGUCCUGCCCAGCCUCCGCCCCACCCCACUGCAGGCUUCCAAAGCCAGCCAUGCUUUCUCGGGAAGUGGGAUGUGUCCCUUUCAGGAAUUGGCUUGGUGGUGUUGGUGGUGAAGCUGAGUCUUGGGGGUCUUAGGAGCUCCCAUGGACGGGCUUUUGCAUUGGCCAGGAGAAGGGGUCCCCAUAACAAAGCAGAAGUCUCGCCCCGUAGCACCUUAGCUCAUUAGCUUGAAAACUGUGUUUCCUGACUAAUCCUUAUUAACUAUGGUAAAUACUGUGACUGUGGGUUUUUUAGUCUCUUCUCAUGCUCAUCCAGAAGCAACCAGCAUACCAGCUCUUGCAAUAAGGUAUUACCCUCAGAGCACCCAGCACAUUAUUGUAGAGAAUUUUAAAUGUCUGUAUGCA